AUGCCUUCCUUCACCCAAAAGACCCUCCUCACGGCCCUCGCCGGUGCCAUCGGCGUCGCUGCCCACGGCCACGUCAACAACAUUGUCAUUAACGGUGCUGAGUACGCCGGUUACGACGUGUUCACUCUUCCCUACAGCAGCAACCCUCCUGUUGUUGUUGGCUGGUCGACCACUGCCACCGAUAACGGCUUUGUCGCCCCCGAUGCCUUCGGAACCGCCGAUAUCAUCUGCCACAAGGAUGCUAAGAACGCCAAGGGACACGCCAAGGUCGCUGCUGGUGACAGCAUCUUCCUGCAGUGGGAUACCUGGCCUGAGUCUCACAAGGGCCCUGUCAUUGACUACCUCGCUUCUUGCGGCACCAGCGGCUGCGAGACCGUUGAGAAGGAGACCCUCAAGUUCUUCAAGAUCAGCGAGAAGGGUCUGAUUGACGGCUCUUCCUCCCCUGGCGAGUACGCCUCCGAUGAGCUGAUCAAGAACGGCAACGGCUGGCUGGUCAAGGUCCCCGAGACCAUCAAGCCCGGCUUCUACGUUCUCCGACACGAGAUCAUCGCCCUCCACUCCGGUGGCCAGGAGAACGGUGCCCAGAACUACCCCCAGUGCUUCAACCUCGAGGUCACUGGCUCUGGUACUGAGCAGCCCGAGGGUACCCUGGGUACCGAGCUGUACAAGGCUGACGAUGCCGGUAUCCUCUUCAACAUCUACACUCAGCUUAGCACCUACCCCAUCCCCGGUCCCAAGCUGAUUGCUGGUGCCUCCGCUGUCGAGCAGGGCACCUCCGCCGUUGCCAGCACCGCCACUCCCCUCACUGGCGGUGCUUCCGCUGCCGAGCCCACCGCUGACUCCGGUUCCGGCUCUGCCCAGCCCUCCUCGGCCCCCGCUGCUACCACCGCUGCCCCCGCUGCUGGUAACACUGAGGCCCCUGCUGCCACCCAGGCUCCCGCUGCCUCCGACGCUGCUCCCACCCCCAUCUUCGUCUCUGCCACCACUGAUGCUGCUGCCCAGCCUACCCAGGCUGCUCCCUCUUCCGGCUCUGAUGGCAAGGGCUGCAAGAGCAAGCGCAGCAAGAAGGUCCGCCGCCACGCUCGCGACGUCAAGGCCCGCAACGUCGCUCCCAUGAUCAAGUACUAA